CCCCCCCCCCGGCUGGCCGUGUCUCCUCCCCCGCCACCGCCCGGUCAGGCCCUGUAUAAAGUGCGCUGCCCGCUGCAGGCAGCAGAACCGCCUGCCCGGGUUGGCUCGGUUCGGUUCCGUCCGCUCUCCGCCGCGCCGCAGUCCCGCGCCCACACUGCACAGAUGGCACCCUUGGGGGGCAAGCAGGCCCGGAAGGGCAUCCUAGAACGCUUGGACGCCGGGGAGGUCGUGAUUGGAGACGGAGGCUUUGUCUUUGCCCUGGAGAAGAGGGGCUAUGUCAAGGCAGGACCCUGGACCCCGGAAGCUGCAGUGGAGCACCCCGAGGCAGUUCGCCAGCUCCAUCGUGAGUUCCUGAGAGCCGGGUCCAAUGUCAUGCAGACUUUUACCUUCUAUGCCAGCGAGGACAAGCUGGAGAACAGGGGCAACUACGUGGCAGAGAAGAUAUCUGGGCAAAAAGUCAACGAAGCUGCUUGCGACAUUGCCCGGCAGGUGGCUGAGGAGGGGGACGCGCUGGUUGCAGGGGGCGUGAGUCAGACGCCUUCCUACCUCAGCUGCAAGAGUGAAAGUGAGGUGAAGAAAAUCUUCCAGCAGCAGUUAGAGGUCUUUAUGAAAAAGAACGUGGACUUCCUCAUCGCAGAGUAUUUUGAACACGUCGAGGAAGCCGUGUGGGCAGUGGAGGCCUUGAAAGCGUCGGGGAAACCCGUGGCGGCGACCAUGUGCAUCGGGCCCGAGGGCGACCUGCACGGCGUGUCCCCCGGCGAGUGUGCUGUGCGCCUCGUGCGAGCAGGUGCCUCCAUCGUGGGGGUGAACUGCCAUUUCGACCCCACAACCAGCCUGCAGACGGUGAAGCUCAUGAAGCAGGGCCUGACAGCUGCUAGGCUCAAGGCCCACCUGAUGUGCCAGCCCCUGGCCUACCACACACCUGACUGUGGCAAGCAGGGCUUUAUCGAUCUCCCGGAAUUCCCCUUUGGACUGGAGCCCAGAGUUGCCACCCGAUGGGAUAUUCAGAAAUACGCCAGGGAGGCCUAUGAGCUGGGUGUCCGCUACAUCGGCGGGUGCUGUGGGUUCGAGCCCUACCACAUCAGGGCAAUUGCAGAGGAGCUGGCCCCGGAAAGGGGAUUUUUGCCGCCUGCUUCUGAAAAGCACGGGGGCUGGGGAAGUGGUUUGGAUAUGCAUACCAAACCUUGGAUCAGAGCGAGGGCCAGGAAAGAAUAUUGGCAGAGUCUCCGGAUAGCCUCAGGCAGGCCCUACAACCCUGCGCUGUCCAAGCCUGAUGCCUGGGGGGUGACCAAAGGGACCACCGAGCUGAUGCAGCAGAAGGAAGCCACCACUGAGCAGCAGCUGAGAGAGCUCUUCGAAAAACAGAAGUUCAGAUCCAUACAGUAGCCACACUAUUUCUUCUAAAUUCCUAUAUGUUUGGGCCUCCAUGUGUACAAAUAAGGAAAAUGUGGUUCAAAGCAAUGCUCACAUUAGUGCCAGCCUACAUGAAUACUGGGUAUUAACUGAACAGAAGAGAAUCAGAAAUAGCAGUUGGCAGUUAGAAGUUUAUUUAGAAGCAAUAAAAGUACAAAGUAAAUUGGAGACAGGUUCCCUAAACACCUGUCAUGUGUAAAGUACUAUAGAAAUCAUUGUAGCAAAGGAAAAGUAAUCCAGACAUUAAUCCCACUUCCUGAAGUUGGCAGGCUGGGAGGGAGGAUGAGACACGCACUGUCAUGGUGACAUAGCCAGCCAGAGACAGAAGAGUGCUAUGGAAAGUGGCUUCCGACCACUUCUGAACACAACUGCUAGUAAGGAACACAAUCUAUACAAUGGUCCAGUAAAACAUGUGACAUACAACCACUGAAAUAAAUGUGUGAUUCAUUUGGGUA